CUGGGAUUUAGCUUUUUUGCAUAUCAACCAGAAUUCUGGUGCAGUGAUGUUCCCAUUGAUUAUCAGAAUAAAACAGAAGAUAUGAAAUGCAAGAAAUUUGUCAAUUCUAGUGAAUUGUGUACUGAAUGGCAAUACAACAGAAAUGAUUUUCACAAAUCAAUCAUCACUGAAUUUGAUUUGGUGUGCGAUCGGUCUAACUAUGCAUCGCUCACACAAUCGUUUUAUAUGUUGGGAUACUUAGUGUCGGGUCUCAUACUAUCCUUUCUUCCCGACAAAUACGGCCGAAGACCUCUUUGUUGGAUAUACUUUCUCAUCGAAGUUAUAUCGCUUAUAGCCUGUGCGCUGUCAGUCAAUAUAUAUCAAUAUAUUAUUUUCCGUUUGUUUGUGGCGAUUGGCGGCUGCGGUCGCACCGGCACUAUGUGUGUGACGCUGAUGGAAAACAUGGGACCAAAACACCGGUCAGAUAUAUAUCUAGUCGGAGGGAUGGGAUGGCUGGUAGGGUAUUGCCUAAUACCAGUGAUGGCUUACUUUAUCCAAGACUUCCGUUACAUGCAUUGGGCGGUUGUGUGUCCAUUGGUUUGUAUGAUCUGUUGGCUAUUUUUCCUCAAUGAGUCUCCGCGUUGGCUCAUCACUAGUGGACACACAGACAAAGCCGAACGGGUUUUGCGGCAAAUAGUUGAGCAAAACGGUCUCAACGACGAGAACUUUGACGAAAAGUUUGCCGAACUUAAGGCACACUUGCAUUUAAGUCAACAAAACGAGAAGACUUAUACCUUCUUCGAUCUCUUGCGGACACCAAAUCUGCGCAAAUAUUCAAUAGUAUUCUGCUUUUCGUGGCUCGUCAUUGGUUUAGUCUAUUAUGGCUUUAGUCUAAAUAUGGCCGACUUUGGUGGAAAUUUCUACAUCUCUUUUCUUAUGGGAGGUGUGGUAGAGUUGCCGUCGUCUAUAAUAGCGAUCCUAACGCUCCGAUACUUCGGCCGCAAAAAGUCAUUCUUUGGUUUCCUGACCAUUAUAUCGAUGGCCUCAUUAGCGGUGAUCGCAGCCAACGAUACCAUACUUAAGGUGUCGUUCGCACUGAUAGGCAAGUUUGCUGUCGGAACCGUCUGGUGGGUCGUCGAGGUCUAUGUGCCUGAACUCUACCCCACGUUAAUGCGAAACUGUGCGUCCGGUUCGUCGCAAGCUAUGGCCAGAUUAGGGUCAACUGCCUCUCCUUUUAUGGGAGAUUUGGCCUCAAAGUAUAGUCUAACUUAUGUAAUGGUUUUCUAUGCAAUCAUAUCGAUGUGCAGCGCCUUUAUGUCACUCCUAUUGCCGGAAACAAAGAACAAGGAAUUGCCCGACACUUUGGCUGAUGUCGAGUAUAUGGAUAACAAUAAGUCAUUUAUGGUAGACAACAACGGCGCCGAUGAUAGCGGACUUCUCGACCAAAAAGCUUGUGAGAAGGCCUUCAUAACUGAAAAAACAUUCAUAAUAUUUUCGGAAGCAAAGAAAGACAUAAGAAUUGGCGAAUUGAAUGAAAUGACUGGAAAAAUAUCGUUUACUUUGAAUGAAUCGAUUUACGGCAUUGACUACAGUAUUAGCGGUCAUCUAUUGUUUGUGAAUAAUCAGCGCUCAAAUCUGGUCUCACCAUUGCCUUCAAACCACACAAAUUCACUCAACAUUACUCUACAAAAAGUGUUAAACAAACAAAAAUAUCACUUCUUAUCGCGAAUUGCUUUUGAUUGGAUCCAUGAGCUCUUGUAUUGGACGGACGACACCAGUAUUGAAGUGAUUUCAAUACACAGACCAUCUCUACGCUAUGUAUGCGUUGAGAAUAGUUUUGAUGUCAUCCGUAAUGUAGCCAUAGAUCCGUUGGAAUCGCUUAUAAUUUGGAUUCAAUGGCAGGAGAGUGGAGAUAACGAUAAGAUAAUGCGCUCAUCACAAGCGGGAACUGAUGUUAAAGUUGUGGUCGAUUACGAUCUCAAAUAUUCCUAUGCACUCACACUUGAUGUCAACUCAAAGACAAUCUAUUGGAUUGAUUCCCAAUUAUAUACCCUCUCAUCGAUUGGAUAUUUUGGCCAAAAUCGGAGGACUAUUGCGAAAUCAUAUGAUCUCUUCUCGAGUUCAUAUCGAAUGGAUUUCUUCGCCGAUUAUAUCUAUUGGACUAAUGAUAGACACAAUGCUAUACUACGGACCCAUCGGACGGGUAGUAACGGCACGAAACGGUUUGUCGUCUUUAAGGCUAACGUAUCAAUAGAUGCCAUCAAAAUAGUAGACAAAACCAAACAACCGAUGAUUGCCCUCAAC